CUUAUUUACCGGCUAGCUUUUGAUUCUUACAAGUUCAAGAUGGAAGAAGUCGAUGUUCCAUCCUAUUUUCUCUGCCCGAUCUCCAUGGAAAUCAUGAGAGAUCCGGUGACUGUAUCCUCCGGGAUAACCUACGAUCGGGAUUUCAUAGAGAGAUGGAUAUUCUCAAGCAAGAACAAUACCUGCCCAGUCACCAGACAACCCUUAUUAUUGUCAGAAACGGAUCUUAUGACCCCAAACCACACUCUCCGACGGUUGAUCCAAGCAUGGUGCACUCUCAAUGCUUCUAAAGGCAUCCAACGAAUCCCAACACCAAAGCCACCGGUCGAUAACGCCCAGAUCGUUAAACUCCUCAACGAGGGUAAGACCCUUCAACAUCAGAUGAGAUGCCUUCGAAGUCUCAGAUCCAUCGCCAACGAAAGCGAGAGGAACCGGAAAUGUUUGGAAUCUGCAGGGGCAGUUGAGUUCUUGGCUUCAAUCGUAGCCAACGAGAGCUCAAGCUUAAGGAUGGUAGAGGAAGAUGAAGGCACGAGUGGUGGAGCCAGUACUGCUGAAGCCCUAUACAUUCUUCACCGUCUCCAUAUCUCGGAGGUUGGCCUCAAGAAACUUCUGAUCAGCAGAAAUGGUGAUUUCAUUGAGAGAUUGAUGAUGCGGGUCUUGCAACAUGGGAGUUACACAUCUCGUGCUUACGCUACAUUGCUUCUGAAAUCCAUGUUCGAGUUGUCUGAUCCCACUUACCUGAUGUCCUUGCGAGUGGAACACUUUGUUCAGAUCGUUAACGUUUUGCGUGACCAGAUCUCGCAACAGGCAUCUAAGGCUUCAUUACAGAUCUUGGUUGAGCUCUGUCAAUGGAGUCGAAACAGGAUCAAAGCCGUGGAAGCUGGUGCAGUUUCGGUGUUGACUGAGAUACUCCUAGAGACGACAGAGAAGAGAGAUUCUGAGAUGGUAUUGGUGGUGUUGGAUCAGCUAUGUGGAUGCGCAGAAGGGAGAGCCGAGUUGUUAAGGCACAGAGCUGGAAUUGCUGUAGUGUCCAAGAAGAUACUUAGGGUUUCACAUGUGGCCACUGAUAGAGGAGUGAGGAUACUUUCUUCAGUGUCGAGGUUCUCUGCGACUUCAAGUGUUCUUCAGGAGAUGCUACAAGUUGGUGUUGUUUCCAAGUUGUGUUUGGUGCUCCAGGUGGAUUGUAGAUUCAAGACUAAGGAGAAGAUCAAGGAGAUGCUUAGGUUGCAUUCUAGGGUUUGGAAGAACUCUUCUUGUAUCCCUCUCCAUUUACUCUCUUCUUAUCCAUCACAUUCUUAAUUAAUUAAUACAUUCACAAACACAGAGAAAUAGUGGGAAAGGGAGAGUAGUUAGUUUUGUGUACAUAAAUAUUUAAUAAAAGAAAUACAUGGACAUGAAAAUAUGUGUCCAGCCAUCCAG